AUGGGCUCUGUCGCGAACACCGACGUCACACUAUCCGACGCUGUGGUACCGAAGCGGGAGUCAAGUGUUGACCGGUAUUCCUCCUUCUCGGUUUCGACUCCAGAGGGAGAGGAUGGCGCUCCGGGCAGCGAAGAGCGCAGAGCAGCGGAGCCUGCUCCUGCUCCGAAGCGUAAGGGUGGGAGGAAGCCGAUCUAUGCAACGUCCGAAGAGCGGAAGCAGAGAAAUCGCCAGGCGCAAGCCGCAUUCCGUGAGCGACGUACCGAGUACAUCAAGCAGCUCGAAACUACCAUCCAGCAUCAUGAAGAGACUCUCCAGAAUCUCCAGCAGAGUCAUCGCGCGGCCGCAGACGAGUGCCUGAUGCUCCGGUACAAGAAUUCAUUGCUCGAACGCAUUCUCCUUGAGAAAGGUAUCGAUGUCCAAGCUGAACUUGCGCUCAAAGGGAGCCCUACACUCCGACCGCAUCGCGCACCCCCCAUCACGGGUCAGGCUUCGCCUAUGCAGAAGGCGAUGCUCAGCCGGCAGCAAUCGAGACACCGAAAUUCAAUGGCGCCUCCAAUUCAGACUGUAAAUCCUACUGCCCAGGCUGGAGGACCGCGGAAUUUCGCAGGCUCACCCACAGCACAGCCCACCCCUCCUUCACAACAUUCCUCUCCUUCCACGGCAAAAUCACCGGGUUUUGCUCUGCAAGGUGGGAUGACCUCACCUGCGACGGAAAUGGCAGCUCAGCAACCUCCACAGCAGCAGCAGGUCCGACCGAUACCACCUUCGCACCCCGCCUCGUUCCCACCGCAGCAUAGGUCGCAGGUGCGAUCCCUAUCGGGAUCCAACCUGCCUCAAGCCUACCCUCCGCGAACGCAACCAGAAAGCUACUAUCCAGCUUCAUUCCAGAAGCAUUACACUCAACUCGGCAAGCUGACCCAGCAGGAGUACGAUGCGCAAGCCGAUAUGAUAGAUGACCUCGAUGGAGCCGGCGACGAAGUCGACACCGAUAGCUUCAUUCCUAACUUCCGGCUUCCACCUACGGCGUCGACUGCCGGCAUGUCUAUGGGCAUGCAGGCGUCCCCGCCGAUGACUACUAGUGCAGCUAGCGAUGGCGGGGGCGGAGGCACUUUCAUCGACCCCUACGACCCCAUGCUGGACGCAGACCCGUUCGGUUUGACUGCCAGUAUGCAUUUUCCGAAUCCCUACACAUACCCGCCUGUGCAUCCCAGAAGAUGA